AUGGCCGGCUCUAUCGGCAUCCCACAACUCAUCCUCUGCGCCAUCGUCGCAGUCUUGUUCUACAGAUAUGUGCUUUCGCCGUCCCAGACUCCCGGUGCUUCUGGGUCGGCUAGCAGGCGUCGGCCCAGGGCGGCCGUUUCCCAAAAUGACAUUGAAUCGGUGAGGGUGAUGUUCCCGCAAAUCAGCGUGGCUGCCAUACGUUGGGAUCUGGAAAAGAACGGCAGCAGUGUAUCUGCAACAACAGAGAAGAUCUUGAAUGAUGGGUUCCUGCCAGAGCCGCCAGCUUCAGCAGUCCGCCAAACCCCAUCGCCGCUUCCUUCUAGUCCACUCGGAGGGACUGGCUUGUCACAAGCACCGGUUCCUCCGCUUCCGUCUUCGGUAGCGACUACGCUUGGCCACAGCGAUCUUAUUACUCGGUACAGCCUACACCUAAGACUGGAGAGCUACCGACCCGACGGUUCCACGGUGCAAUUGAGUCCUUCGCCGAAAAAGAACGACAAGGCUAGUUUAUUUAUCAGAGGCCGUGAAAGAAGAGAUUUGAUGAUCUUGGAAGCCCGCAAGAAGAUGGAAGCCAUGCUAAGACGGUGA